AUGGAGAAGUGGGAAUCCAUGGCCGAUAUACAUCUUGUAGACGGAGCUGGAAAUGAAGCAACUGUGUCUAAAGAGAUCAAUGUUGACGAGUACCUACCCACUGUCAGUCCAAAUUUUUGUCGCAGUCGAAAUUGUUACCCAGGAUUCUGUGUCCCUGACACUGGAAACUGUAUCUGCACAGCUGGAUUUAGUGGAGACAACUGUAAUACAAUCAGUGGAGAUAUCCAGGAUCCUACCAUCAAGACAAUACAGAUUAUGCUGACUGCAAAUGACAGUCUACCCUUGGUGUAUGAGAAUGCAGCAGUAGAAUCAAACAUCAUCAACAUGUUCACCAAUAGGCUUGAUUUGGCAUAUUUGAAGUUGUCGUGGGAGGCAGAAUACAGAAUGAUGGGGGAUUUACCAUCAAGACCACCAUCUGUAUCAGACUUCAGAAUAGGACUUUUUUCAUCAAAGGCUGAAAUAGAAAUUGAGUCAGCUGGUGGCAGCACAAAGAAAGAGGCUACCCUGGACUGUCUUAAAGCUGACACCUCUUUGGAGUCCUUUGUAUCCUGCAGCCAAACCCACAAACUGUCUGGUUCUAGAAAAGACCGGGACAAACUAAAAAUUGUCCUCAAAGCUGAAAAUGGUGGCCACAAGAUGGUUUCUGGGCAAAAUGUUAAAUACCAAGGAAAAACAGUUCAGCGCCAAAUCAACAUCCACUAUGAUACGGAGGCUCCGUAUUAUUACUGUGCUGCUGGCUCUGGGAAAUGUGAAGAUGAGGAAUUGAAAGUAGCAAUUGGACAACAAAUUAGUGUUAAUAAGAAAGAAAUACUUUUGACCUUAUCAUGGGGUGAUAACUGGAAGGAUGCAUUGUCUGGCAUUGCAAAUUUCCACUACUCCAUAUACAGCUACCUCGGUACCAAGAAGAUAGGAUUGGAGGAUGCCCCUCUUGAUAAUGGCUCUUGGACAGCAGGAGACAGGUUUCCAACAUAUGAUGUGAAAAGUGAUAAAGCUGCGUUUACAGUUGUGCUACAAGUGCAGGACAAGGCUGGGAAUAAUAUUAGAGUGAGACGUGAUAUUGAUUUGACCAGUCCAAGAGUGGCAGCUUUGCUCGGAAACGCACCAGGUGAUGGUGGAGGAGAUCAAAGUGGACUUCUCACAGUGCCAAUUUUCUUCAUCAUCCUGGUUGUAGCUGUGGUGGUGCUAGGAGCUGUGGCAGUAGUGCGACGGAGACGUGGUUAUCCUUGGUUAUGGAAAGAUGAAAAGUUGAAAUUCUGGCGACCAAAAAACAGGCGGGGAAAUGCAACUGCAGGUUACAAUAACUAUACAUAUGAUGAAGAUCAAGACCAGGGCAUUUACUAUGAGAGUGAGGCAUAUGGUAGAAGCGUGGAGAUUUCCAGCAGCCAUAUUGUUCUGGGAGACACACUCUGCAAUGGCCAUUUUGCUAUAAUAAGACAUGCUGAGUGGACUCCUGAUAGACAGAAUUCUAUGGCAGUUAUUGCAAAAAUGUUGAAAGAUGCCAAGAGCAAGGCAGACAGGCAGUUGAUGUUGGAUAAGAUAGAGUUCAUUGGAGAUGUUCCUCGUCAUGAGAAUGUUCUGACCAUGCUUGGAAAGGUGACCGAUGACCUUCAGACUGGCCCAUACAUGGUCUUGGAGUAUUGCAGAAAUGGUUCACUGCGUGACUGGUUGCUGGCACAGAAGGCAAAGGGAGGUGAACUGAGCGUCGACACCGCUGAUCGUAUGACGGAGUAUGCUGUACAAAUAGCAGCAGGGAUGGAACAUCUGAGUAACAACCUGAUUGUUCACAAGAGGCUGAUGUCUAAGAAUGUCCUCCUCAAUGGUAAAAUGGUUGCCAAGGUGAUGGGAUUUGGUCCCGAGGGAAAAGAUGCAGCCAAAAACAAGAGUCGUUUACCCACCAAAUGGAUGGCCUUGGAAAUUCUGCAGGAUCCUCAACUGAACUAUACCACUGCGUCUGAUGUCUGGGCCUUUGGUAUCACUUUGUGGGAGAUAUACAGCCUGGGUGAUCUUCCUUAUCCUACUGGACACAAGGACAAACUGAUAACCCUGCUGGAGAGUGGAACCCGCCCAGACAAGCCUGUAGAGUGCCCAGAUGAUAUCUACAACCAAGUGAUGCUGAAAUGCAUGUACCAUGAUCCAAGCAAGCGUCCAUCAUUCCAACAGAUUAAGAACCAGUUGAAUGAUUUCUUCCACCCACCCCCAGAUGAUAGUGGCAUGUACUAUGGUUUAUAA